CAAUCAAGGUAGGAGCUGUAUGAAGCUUUAUUUCUGCCACCACCUUCAGGUUCUUUUCCAUUUUCACAGGGAGUUCAUCUGCAUAUUCCAAGAGACAGAAAAAUUAUCUGGGGAUAAUGUUUGGCAAAUAUUUGAGCUUCUGCCAUUCAGAGGAUGCAAGUUCAUCUAAGAAAUGCUAUCUAACAGUGAUUGAAGAGCUAUGCCCUCAAUUUUCUCUUGCUGAUCUUAGGAAAUCAACCAACAACUUCGAUGAAAAUCAAGUAACUAGAAGAUCAGUAUUUAACACAGUAUACAAAGGUUGUCUCAAACAUAAUGGUGUGACUGAUUAUGCAGUGACAUUGAAGAGGUUGAAAAGUAAAUCUGACCAAUGGAAGUUCAGGAAGGAAAUUGAGUUCCACUGCCAGCUCUCUCAUCCUAAUUUGGACUCUCUUAUAGGAUUCUGUGACCACAAAGAAGAGAAGAUUCUUGUGUAUGAACACAUGUCCAAUGGCUCUCUCUAUGAUUGCUUGCGUUCCAAGGAUAUCGAGCCACUUUCAUGGAAGAAAAGGCUAGAAAUAUGCAUCGGAGCAGCGCGUGGGCUACACUACCUUCACACGGGAGCUAAGCGCCCUAUCUUUCACUGCGAUAUCAAACCUCAAAAUAUUCUUUUGGAUAGCAACAUGGUACCAAAACUCUCACAUCUUGGAUUUUCCUUACAAGGUCCAUUAUUAAGGUCAAAGGCAAAGCCUAUAAAAGUGGACAUGAUGAUUGGUACACCUGGUUUCAUGGCACCUGAGUAUGUCCUAACCAAAACCUUCACAGAUAAAUGUGAUGUUUAUUCCUUUGGGAUAGUUUUAAUGGUAGUUUUAUCCACUAGCCACAAGCAGAGCUUCUUUGAGAAGAUGUACAUGAUGGCCGACUCAGAUUUGUUUUUAGAAGAGACAUUGUCUUUAAUGACUCCAUAUGUGGAUAUACCUAGCUUUUUGGAGAGGAUUUCGGUUGAUGAGAUUAUUGAUCCAGUGUUAUUGGGAAAGAUUGCACCAGAAUGUUUGGGAGUAUUCAUAGAUAUCACAAAAAGAUGCUUAAGUAAAGAUGCAAACGAAAGACCAGAUAUGGGUGAAGUACAAGUUGAACUUGAGCAAGCACUAGCACUACAAGAGGAUGAAGAUGCAUGCCCGGAACCAUGAUGCAGAUGUCUAGUCUUUUCAUGGAGACUACAAAAAAAUGAUGAUGUUUUUGUUCUCAUUCUCAUACACAUUCAGCUUUGGAAAGCCUCUAGUUACAUC